AUGUGGUACUAUUAUCAAACUAGAACUCGGUAUUGUCCAAUUGCGCACAGAGGGGGCGUGCCUUCUGUUUGUCGCGGUGAAUGUGACCGGAACGCGUGGGCGCGCCUCAAACAAGUCCACGCAGGAAGAAAUCUGAUCCCCUAUCCAUUCCAAACACAAAGAAAAGUGCAACGCUUCAGCGUUAGCAGAAACGAUCCCCGCAAUCGACUGGAAACUCGCCGGCUGCCUUUGGAGACUCUCGGAACUCACGCUGCCGCCAGCUCUGCAUUUCACCGGGUCCUGCCUCAAACCAUCCCUCUAAAACAGAAGUCAGAGGUGAGGAAUCAGGUGGGGCCCCAUCCCCUUGCUGUUGCCAUGACGAUGGUCGCACCCACCACCAUGGGUCCUGAGGAGACGACAGCGCUCCCUGUGGAGAAAAGCGACUUCACCGUCACCGCAGUGGUGAUCGUGCUGCUUCUGCUGACCCUGCUCGCACUGGGCUUCCUCCUGUACCGCUACCUGUGCAAGAACAAGGGAGCCUACGAGACCGCGGGCGAGCCGGGCCCAGGACACCACAUGGACCUGCAGAGCCAGCUGGAACCGGACCAGGACCAGGACCAGAAGAAAGAGUACUACAUCUAACCAGCCGGACCGCGGCCAAAUCGAGGAGAGAGAGAGAGGGGGGGGGGGGUGCCUUUCACCGCUGUCGCAAAAAUCACUUCACAAAAACCCACCAAGAAAAGCAAUUCAGUAAAACACUGACCCAACCGCUGGCAACGAGAGGAGAAGGAGAUCGAGGGAGUCGCCUCUCAGCGCCGUCGCUCCUGUUUAAUAUGGGAGGGACCCUCAGCCUCCUCUCACCGGUCAGACAAGGAGCUUCGUACAGCAGGGUCACAGAUCAACACACUGCUGCUGCCUCUAUUUUAGACAGUCCGGAGAACAGCGGGGCGCGUUGACAGCAUGUCCACUUGACCCUGUCUCUCUUCUAUAAGUCAAUAUAUCCCGGAGUCUUUUCAUGAGUACUUUGGCUGGGCAGGAGAACUAUCUUAUUUACAGAACCAUAGUUCCCUAUUCAGAAGUUAUUGUGAGCAGGAAGUGUAGACUGCAACCAUUCACAUUACACUACGCUAUGCGGAUAUUCCGUUUCAUGUCUAGGGAUUUUGCUAUUACUGUGUACACUUUAUGAUUUUGCUAGUAUAGUGUAUUACUGUGUUGCUAUUGUCUGCAGAGAUGGCUCUUGAUGAAAACUAUUCGGUAAUGCAAUCUUAUACAAAUACCUGCUAUUGCGUGUGUCAUCCAGCAGAGGGAGACUGUUGCAGCACAGUGCCUUCAGUGUCCUCACUAACUUGGGUUUAUACUGUGUCAAAGGGCAGGUCUAAAAUCUGGAUUGUAUUUUCUCUCUCUCUCUCUCUCUCUCUCUCUCUCACACACACGUUUUACUAGAAAAUGGCUGUAAUGUAAGAAACAUGAAUAUACAGUAAACUGGACCUUUUCAGCAACUGUGUUUCCAUCAAGCCUUUCUUCAUAGAUAGAUAGAUAAACGGACAGAUAGAUAUGUGUGUGUUUUUGCUCAAAAUUACCAGUUUCUCAGCGUUCCGGUAUGUUUAACAUACCUUUGUCAAGGUAAAGCGUGUUUGUGGAGGUCGUUACAGGCUCUUGCUGCCAUGGUAACCACACCCACUUAUUUCUAUUGAAAGCUAUGCAUGUGUUUGUGAUGUCACUGCAUGGUUAAUGAUGUCACGAUCUGCUAUUCCUGUCUAUUUAAACCUUCAGGCAUGGGGGUAGUGAGUCUGUUUAUCCAUUUAUUUUCCUUUAUUCUCCUGUAUUGUAAAUGAUCUACUUUUAUUAAAACAAAUACACAUUUUA